AUGGGCCUGCCAUCGGGCGCGCCGCUGGAGGACCCGUCGUCCCUCGGCGACGGCCAGCUGACUGCGCUGCUGAAGGCCGUGUUUGGCCACACCGCGUUCAGGGGCCGCCAGCUGGAGCUGGUGCGGGCGGUGCUGGCGGGGCGGUCGUCGCUGGGCGUGCUGCCGACCGGGGCCGGCAAGAGCCUGACGUACCAGCUGCCCGCGCUGCUGCUGGACGGCCUGGUGGUGGUGGUGUCGCCGCUGCUGGCCCUCAUGCGCGACCAGCUGGAGCGCCUGCCCCCCGGCCUGCCGGGCGCGAUGCUGCAGGGCAGCAUGACCCGCCAGCAGGUCGAUGACGUCAUGGCCCGCGCGGCUUCCGGGCAGCUGCGCCUGCUGUUCGUCGGCCCAGAGAAGCUGGCAAGCGGCGCCGUGCUGGGCGCGCUGAGGGCGCUGCCGGCGCUGCCGUUGGUGUGCGUUGAUGAGGCGCACUGCGUGGCGGAGUGGGGGCACGGCUUCAGGCCCGCGUACUUCAGGCUGGGCCACCUGCUGCAGCGCGUGCUGCGGCCGCGCUGCGUCCUGGCGCUCACCGCCACCGCCACCGCGCCCACGCGCGAGUGCAUCUGCCGCCUGCUGGCGGUGCCGCCGCAGCACGUGCUGCUGGACGCGCCCAUGAGGGACAACCUGAGGCUGAGGGUGGAGCACGUCAACGGCGGCAGCAGGGGAGGGGAGAUCGCGUCACGCGUAGUCACCCUCGUCACACGCGGCGAGCUGGCGGGGGCCACCAGCGUGGUGGUGUACUGCGGCUUCAAGGCGGCCGCUGACGCGCUCGCCGCACAGCUGACGCGCAGCGGCGUCGACGCGGCCGCGUACCACGCGGGCAAGAACCUCGCGCAGCGGGAGGCGGUGCAGGUGCGCAGCGGCUGA